AUGGCAACUAACCCGGUCAUCGGAGAGGAUGGAGUCGCAAUUAUCGACGCCUGUACAUAUCACAGGAAGGAGUUCGACAGGGUCCUGAUACGAACAAAUGAGCGAAAGAUCGAUGCACCAUUUCUGCUGUCUGCUCCGGGCAGCGCCUCAUCGUCAAACCUCGGUAUCCUGAGUCGGCUGCCAGAGGAAUUAACUCUCAUGAUACUUCAAGGACUUGACAUUCUCUCAUAUCUGCGUUUUCGACGCGUCAACAACCGUGCACGCAGCAUAACGACAGCAUCGCGCGAGUACAAAACUGUGGUCAAGCAUGGACUUCAGGGACUGAAACCGCUGCUAAAGGCAGAGCUAGGUCAUGCUUUUACCAUUUCCCAUUUCUAUCGGGCGCUCGUCAGCAACAAGUGUGAGAUCUGCGGAAAGUUUGCAACGUUCCUAUAUCUUAUUACUUGUCAGCGAUGCUGCUUUACUUGCCUACAAAUCUCUAUCGACCUGCACGUUCUCCCUAUCCCGGUACCCAAAGUGUUUGCGAAAGCAGUGCACAGCUCAAGCAAGGAGAUUGAAAAGAUUUGUGGACCUAAACUACGAGUGGUCUACGGAAAAUACUCUCUACAGCCGUGGCCUAGCGUCAAGAGACCCAGAUACCUCGUACAAGCCAAGCCUGUCAUCGAAAAGCUCAGAUCUCUUGAUUCUUCACGAGUGAUCCCAGCGUCGGCACUAUCGCAUCAACCGCAAGAUCAAUCGCACGACGAAAUAAGACAUGACUUUUGCUACCGGUAUAUGGCUGCUACCGCGUUUCCGUGGUAUGAUUUGAGUGAUGACAGGGUGGAAACAGGGAUGAAUUGCAAAGGAUGCCAGUUCCGCGUUGAAGAGUAUGAACGCGCGAUCAGAGGUCUUGACCCUCCAUGGGGUUUUAAUGAUAGGGAUCGGGUGUACUCGCGGGAGGAGUUCUUGUGUCAUUUCAGAUCGUGUGCGCAUGCCCAGGAAGUAUGGGCUGAUACACAAGUGAACCGACGGGCGCCAGAAUCGGACUUCACUCUCCAGGGCGGGAUUUUGCUUCGUUAUGAACCCAGACAUGAACUCCAUUGA